CUGAAAAAGUUAAAAGAUUUACAAGAUAUUUAUUAUUUACACAUACGAUUACAGAAAUAAUAAAUAACGUUGACGUCCAAGUGUUAGAAAAAUACAUAAUUCUGAAUUGCUCUGAUGGAACCGCGCGUUACUUCGUACGCGACAAAGAAAUUAAUAAUGAAAAUAUACCGCAGUUUAAUUUAAAAAUUAUUAAUACAAGAAUGUUAGUAGAUGCAAUGACAAAGUUUGAGAAAAUGCAUAUUUGCGAAGAACUGGGUUUAAUAGAUUUAAAUUUACUUCGACAAAAUGAUUCGUGUGAGAACAUAUUGAACCAUUGGCGUCAUAGUAAAUGUAUUUUAUUAACAAAAUACAAAAAAUGUGAUUAUUGCAAGAAAUUAAAAAGAAUAAUUAUGCAAAGACGUAUAGAUCACUGAAAACAGGUAUUACGUAAUCUUCAUUGAAAUGGUUAAAUAAUUGGAAGUAAGGCGAAAUAGAUAACAAAAUAAAAGAUGAUGAAUUUUUAACUUGCUCACAAUUUAUAACUUUCCCUUAAGUUUACAAUAAAUCUGUGCAUCUAAUUUAGAGAAAUUUGUCGGUAUUAUACGCCAAGCUGCCGGUUACGAUGAUCAUCAUUGUUGCUUAGCUUCUCUUUCCUUUUAUGAAAUAUUGUCAGUUUAUCAUAUUUUGGAACUUAAGCAACAAUUAUAUGAAGAACAAAAAAGAAACACCAAAAAUCCUAAUAACUACUAAAGUCUUGAAAAGUUUACAUGACUUCUUACUCAGCAAAAUUAUUAUUAAAAAAGAAAAACUCGAUGUACACAGUUAUCAGUUAUAUUAUGUAGAUAAUGUAAUUCUAACGACUGAUCAUACUUAUUUUAAAAUAGAGAUUGUUGAUUGUAUAAUUUAUUGUACAACAGGUUUUUUGUCCUACAUAUGUUUUCUCACAAUUGCAUAGAUAAUAUUUUAUUAAAGGUAAGAAAGAUUAAUUUUUAUAACAGAAAUUUUUCUUAUAUCUUUAAUUAAACAGCCGUUGUAAUGCGAUAUUUAAUAAAACAUAUGAUAAAUAAGUGGAAAAAUGUUGUCAUUGCUUAAUUUAAGUGAAAUUUUAUUUUGAUAAUUUGGUUUAUUUUUUACAUAAUAACUAUAUUUCAUUUAUUUCAAAGUGUUUCUAAUAAAUAUCUUUGCCUCGAUUAUCAAGUGCUUGAAGCUUUGGUUUUUUAACUUUGCGCUAUGCAGCUAGUAUAAUUCCUGCAGGGAAUUUUAAGCACUACCGCAAUUAGGGGUAAAUUGUUAUGUAUAUUCACAUAUAUAUGUAUACAUCAAUUCAUAGACAGUAUAUCAUUGACGGCGUAUGGUAGGUUUUCAUGAAAGUAACUAUUGCUAGUGCAAGUACAAUGAAUUUGUCAAAAAGAGAACGAAUUAUUAUCAAUUGACCGAUAUUUAAUUGCCGAUAUUUUUUUUCUCCGUUCAGUUGUGGAUGUACGAUUACAUCGGUGUUUGUCAUUUAUCGUAAAAAUGUGUUUGCACUAAACGAGUAAAGAAAACUCUGCUUCUCGUAUAGGAAAAUAUACGCUGUAUGUUACUUCUGGUUGGUUAAGUUUCUCAAUAUUGUUUAAUUGCAAAAUUUUGUACAUGUAUUAAAGCAAUUUGCCUCCUUUUAGUGAUAAGUGUUGAUAACAAGAAGGAAAGUGAGUACAAUAUGAGUGGGAGUGAAGUAUCGGUUACUAUAGGUUAUGAUACAGCCGUAGAUGAGAAGUACAGUGUUUACGCGAGUAUCUCCUUCGCUGUGCUAUUAUUGGGUGUCGGAGUUCCACUUUGGUGGCACACUACUGCAGUUCCGCGUGUAUCGCUUCCUUACGCUGGAAUCGAAGCACUCUCCGACCUAGACAUCAAUAUUAAAACGAAAAUUGUUGUCGUAGCUCUGUCUCGAGAUCGAGCUGAAUCCUUGGUGCACCACAUAACGGAUGCUUUUCAAAAUUCCAGUAUCUGUCGGAUAGAAGUUAUUUACCAUGUAAUAUCCAGUAAUCUAGUAACUUCUGCGUUUACGCAUCAUGAACUAGAGAAAAUAGCAUCGGCUUUCGACCUGGACGUCGGACAACUUCUACUUUUGGAAACAAACAACUUGAACGAUGCAGUUCUCGUCGGCUCGAGAAGAACCAUUUACUUUUCUACAGAAACUACUGCCUCCACUUUGAUUCAAGUAUUAUCGGAAUGGGUGUUGCUUGAAAAGUCACUGACUUUAACGAGAAAUGCACUCACCGAACCAACUCUUUACAGCCUAGAUGAGGAAAACAGGAGAAGGUUUCCGGCUAGCCCGGCUUACGAUGUACUCAUCACUGUGGUCAAUCCAGAUCCAGAGAAACUGAAAGUUGCUUGGGAUCUCCGCGUGAUGGCCGAGGAAUACGUCGAACCAUUUCUCUCUGAACUUUCGAUUCUGAGUAACUUCUCUGUCAAAUCACAGUGGUUGUAUUUACUGCCAUUGGAUGUUAGCCCGAAACGAGUGCCUGAUAGUGGCCCAUUAGGUAGACAUUUUGCAUUAUCAGAGGACGUUUUACCUCAAUUAAUUACACCAUUGGAGAAAAAACUAGCCUCACAGGUUAGUCUCCAUCCAACUAUCAAUUUCGUUAUCUAUGCUGUUCCUUGUGACAGCGCUCCGUUACAUAUUUACACGCGUUCUGGACAUCGAUCGAAAAUUAACGCUAACGUCGAAGCGUUUCUUUCUCCAAGAUGGGGUGGUGUAGUUUUAAUCAAUCCACCCGUUGAAGCUUGCAUGGCUGCGAAACUCGAUCAACCGGUUACCAUUGUGCCUGAACAGACUACCAUUGUUGGAACCUUUCUUACCCAAUUGAAACUUCUUUUAGGCAUUCCUGAACCGAAAUUCUUAAAUGGUGUUACCGCUGUUUCUUUGCCAGGAUUGAAAUUGCGUGAUUGGGAAGUUGAUGCAUUGCUACGUGUACGCACGAUCGAGCAAUUAACAUCGGCAAAAUUGACUCUGCAAUCGAUUGCACAACUUCUUCAAGAAAUUGGUAACAUUGUGAUUACAGAUAUUGUAGGAAACAGAAUUAAAACAGCCUUACGUUUGGUGGAAGAUUCGGCUCAACGAUUAACGCGUGGCGAUCUAGCUGUAGGUUUUCUGCUGAGUAAAGAAGCAUUUGUUACUGCGGAAGCAGCCUUCUCCGAUCCAACGCUCUUUGCUUUGUUAUAUUUUCCCGAAGAUCAAAAAUACGCUGUAUACACACCUCUCUUCUUACCAGCCAUGGUACCAGUCUUGCUUUCCUUAAAAAAUAUUUAUCGCUAUUAUUUCCAUCGAAAAGUCAAUAAUCCAUUGAAGGAAACUGCACCAGGCCAAAAUAAAUGAGAGCGGCAAUUGUUUCACGAUAACAUCUUCAA